CGUGGCAGGGCCACUUCGGCCAUGUUCGUUGCUACGUCAGCGCCUGAAAUCGUUCAGCGAGCCUGGAGAGCCGAGCGGACUGAGCGCUGAGAGAACCCGGCGGCUUUAGUUCAUAGUUCCUUGAGGGUGCAAUGACAACCUUCCCAGAGUUCAUUCAGCAGAACGAGGACCGAGAUGGGGUGCGUUUCAGCUGGAAUGUUUGGCCCUCCAGUCGCCUGGAGGCCACACGUAUGGUGGUACCCGUGGCUUCACUUUUUACCCCACUGAAAGAGCGCCCAGACCUCCCCCCAAUACAGUAUGAACCAGUGCUGUGUAGCCGGGCCACCUGCCGAGCUGUACUCAAUCCUCUGUGCCAAGUGGAUUACAGAGCAAAAUUGUGGGCUUGCAAUUUCUGUUAUCAAAGAAAUCAGUUCCCUCCAACUUAUGCUGGAAUAUCAGAAGUGAACCAACCAGCUGAACUGCUUCCACAGUUCUCCACCAUUGAAUAUGUAGUCCAGCGAGGUCCUCAGAUGCCCCUCAACUUUUUGUAUGUGGUAGACACAUGUAUGGAAGAUGAAGACCUGCAAGCUUUAAAGGAAUCUCUGCAGAUGUCUUUGAGUCUGCUUCCCCCUACUGCCCUGGUUGGCCUCAUCACGUUUGGCCGCAUGAUCCAGGUCCAUGAGCUGGGCUGUGAAGGCAUCUCUAAAAGCUACGUCUUUAGAGGAACCAAAGAUCUCAAUGCCAAACAGUUGCAGGAGAUGCUUGGAUUGACCAAACCAGCUGCGGCUCAGGCAGGCAGAGGACCACAGCAACCUCAGGCUCCUCCCUCUAACAGAUUCCUGCAGCCAGUGCAGAAGAUUGAUAUGAAUUUGACUGAUCUCCUGGGAGAGCUGCAAAGAGACCCCUGGCCUGUCACUCAGGGCAAACGACCCCUCAGGUCAUUAGGAGUAGCAUUAUCCAUUGCUGUUGGACUUUUGGAGUGCACUUUUCCAAAUACUGGGGCUCGAAUUAUGACCUUCAUUGGUGGUCCAGCCACCCAGGGCCCAGGCAUGGUUGUAGGAGAUGAACUGAAAACACCCAUCCGCUCCUGGCAUGAUAUAGAGAAAGACAAUGCAAAGUUCAUGAAGAAAGCCACUAAACACUACGAGGCUUUGGCCAAUCGAGCGGCCGCUAAUGGACACAUUAUUGACAUCUAUGCCUGUGCCCUGGACCAGACUGGACUAGCAGAAAUGAAGUGCUGCACCAACUACACAGGGGGUUACAUGGUGAUGGCAGACUCCUUCAACACGUCCCUGUUUAAGCAGACGUUUCAGAGGGUUUUCACCAAGGAUGUGCAGGGAUCUUUUAAAAUGGCUUUUGCAGGAACUUUAGAGAUUAAGACGUCAAGAGAGAUUAAGAUAUCUGGAGCAAUUGGUCCAUGCACCUCAUUGAAUGCCAAAGGACCCUGUGUAUCAGAAAAUGAAAUUGGAACAGGUGGUACCUGCCAGUGGAAGAUAUGUGGUCUGGACCCCAACACCACGCUGGCAAUUUACUUCGAAGUCGUCAAUCAGCACAAUGCCCCAAUUCCACAAGGGGGCCGAGGGGCCAUACAGUACGUGACUCAGUACCAGCACUCUAGUGGACAGAGACGCAUCAGAGUCACCACCAUUGCCAGAAACUGGGCAGAUGCACAAACGCAGAUUCAGAACAUCGCAGCAUCAUUCGAUCAGGAGGCCGCUGCUAUUCUCAUGGCCUGCCUGGCCGUCUACAGGGCCGAAUCAGAGGAAGGGCCGGAUGUUUUGCGCUGGCUUGAUCGACAGCUUAUUCGUCUGUGUCAGAAAUUUGGAGAUUACCACAAAGAUGACCCAAACUCUUUCCGUUUCUCUGAGACUUUCUCUCUAUAUCCCCAGUUCAUGUUCCAUCUGAGAAGGUCUCCAUUCCUCCAAGUGUUCAACAAUAGCCCAGAUGAGAGCUCCUACUAUAGACACCAUUUCAUGAGGCAGGAUCUGACUCAGUCUCUUAUCAUGAUUCAGCCAAUCCUUUACGCCUACUCCUUCAACGGCCCCCCUGAGCCGGUGCUUUUGGACAGCAGUAGCAUUCUGCCGGACCGAAUCCUCCUAAUGGACACAUUCUUCCAGAUCCUCAUUUACCAUGGAGAGACGGUGUCUCAGUGGCGUAAAGCUGGCUACCAGGACAUGCCUGAGUAUGAGAACUUCCGCCACCUGCUGCAGGCUCCAGUGGAUGAUGCUCAGGAGAUCCUGCACUCACGCUUUCCCAUGCCCCGCUACAUCGACACUGAGCAUGGAGGCAGCCAGGCUCGGUUUUUGCUGUCCAAAGUCAACCCCUCUCAGACCCAUAACAACAUGUAUGCCUGGGGACAGGAGUCUGGAGCACCCAUCCUAACAGAUGAUGUGAGUUUGCAGGUAUUCAUGGAUCAUCUGAAGAAGCUAGCUGUGUCCAGUGCUGCCUAAGAGUUUGCCCAAGUCACCCAACCGCACCUUCACCUGUCCGGCAUCAGUAAAAUAUUCCAUACAUACUUAGGAGAGCUACAAUAGGACUGGCCUUUGAUCUCCCUUUCCCUUCCCCAUUUACUUUUGUUUAUAUCGAACCCAAAUCCUUUACACUAGACUCUUUCUGUGCAGAGAAAAUCAUGUAAGUUUGUUCUGCUCAGUAAUGAAUAAAUGCUCAUGAGAUGCUCUUAGUGGAUUCAGUAUAAAAGAUAACACUACAUGUGAAUUGUGCUACAGGAGAAAAGCCGUCUUUUACAUUAUAUCACUCAGUAUCAGUCAUCUAGUCAUGACCUAAAGGCAGUAGGCUUUGCUAUACUGUAUUUAUGUUCAGCAGUGAUGUAUGAUCUCAUAUUAAACAAAAGAAGAAUUAAGAAUUGGAAAUCACAGCUUACCUACAGCUGAACUAGACUGCUAGAUGAAAGAGUGUGAAGCGUGUGAUUGGAGUGAAUGCUUUAGUGCUGCCUCAAGCCCCAGAUGAAAUUCCUUUGUCUUGCAGUCUCUGGCAGUUUCUGGUUCUACUUUAGUCGCCAUGUGAUGCAGGAAUUAAUGUCCCAGCCAUGAACAUGCAGGCUUAUGGAAUAUGAAAGCUGCCUUAUUCUAUCCAAUGUUCUGCUAUUUAUGCCUCAUUUUUAACAGUAUUAUAGAACUAUUUACAUGAUAUUUCUAAUAAAAUGGCCUCAUCAUUA